AGCCGGUCGCCCGCCCGCCCUCGCAUCGCGCCCUAAGACUUGCUUCGGUAGCGGCAUCGUUUCGGAAUAUAAUUGACUGAGUUUUGAACAAUUUUCUGUACAAAUUUGACUUAUUUAAUAACUUUAUUGAGAACUACACAGAUGUAGUACUAAGUGAUAUUUAACACGUAGUAAACCAGUAUUAGUAUUUAGUUAUAUUUAAACAAGUCCUUCAGUAGUCACGUGUUUGUGUGAUAGUCUAAAUAUAAUAUGUAAAUAUAUCUAGAACGUAUUUUUAGUAAAUAAAAACAAAUUUAAAACUUAAUAUAAAUAAUCGUUUGCCAGUAGUUUAAGCUUAAGGAAAAUAAACACACGCGAGUUUCGUUUGUUAUUUGAAUUAGGACUAUAAUGUGUGGAGUUAAGGUUGUAGAUUGAGUUGUGCCGUACAGAGUUGGGGUGUUACAGUAAAUAUUUAGAGAAAGGUGCAAGGAACUGUCGGAGGUGCAAUCGAUGCGGUUCGUGUUCUCCAAGACAACCCCAUCUUGUCCAUCAGCAGAUAGAACAGCUAUACAACUAACAAGUCAACAUCUGCUUGCCACGUAAAGAUAUGCGGUGAAGCAGGCUGCACGGCACGACACAAGAUGGCGGCAGCGACGCUGAGGCUGUGUGUGGGGGCCCUCGCUGUUCUGAUCGGCACAGGGACGGGGGCGGUACAGCCCCGCUGCGAAGAGAUCACCAUCCCCAUGUGUCGCGGCAUCGGCUACAACCUGACCUCGUUCCCCAACGCGCUCGACCACGACACGCAGGAGGAGGCCGGCCUUGAGGUUCAUCAGUACUGGCCGUUGGUUGAGAUCAAGUGCUCGGCAGACCUGAAGUUCUUCCUGUGCUCGGUGUACACCCCGAUCUGCAUCGAGGACUACGCGAAGCCGCUACCCGCGUGCCGCAGCGUGUGCGAACGCGCUCGGGCUGGAUGUGCACCGCUCAUGCAGAAGUACGGGUUCCAGUGGCCCGAGCGCAUGGCGUGCGAGAAGUUGCCGCGUCUGGGCGACCCCGACCACCUGUGCAUGGAGGAGAACGAGCGCGCGCAGGAGCCCGAGCCGCCGCGGGCUCCUCCGCGGCGCCCUGCGCGCCCGCCCGCUCACUGCAAGGAUCCAAAAAACUGCGAGGGCGCGCCGGCUGCCGGCGCGGGAGAGGCCGGCGCAGACGAGUGCGCAUGCGCGUGUCGUCCGCCGCUGGUGGUGGCGCGCGCGCCGCUCAACGGCAGCGGCGGCCGCGGCCUCGCCGGCGUGCCGGGCUGCGCGCUGCCGUGCCGCGGCGCCUUCUUCACGGCCGAGGAGAAGGAGUUCGCGGGCGUGUGGGUGGCGCUGUGGGGCGGCCUGUGCGCCGCCUCCACGCUCAUGACUCUCACCACGUUCCUCAUCGACUCGCAGCGCUUUAAGUACCCCGAGCGCCCCAUCGUGUACCUGUCCGCCUGCUACUUCAUGGUCGCGCUGGGCUACCUCGCGCGCCUCGCCGUCGGCCACGACGAGAUCGCCUGCGACGGGGCGCUGCUCAAGACCACCUCCACCGGCCCCGGCGCGUGCACCCUGGUCUUCAUCUUGGUGUAUUUUUUCGGGAUGGCGUCCUCCAUCUGGUGGGUCGUGUUGUCGUUCGCGUGGUUCCUGGCCGCGGGUCUCAAGUGGGGCAACGAGGCCAUAGCCGGGCACGCGCAGUACUACCACCUGGCGGCCUGGCUCGUGCCGGCCGCCAAGACCGUGGCCGUGCUGCUCGCGGGCGCCGUGGACGGCGACCCGGUGGCGGGCAUCUGCUACGUGGGCAACACUUCUUCGGACAACCUCAAGAAGUACGUGCUGGCGCCGCUCGUCGUCUACUUCGCCCUGGGCGCGACGUUCCUCCUGGCGGGGUUCGUGUCGCUAUUCCGGAUCCGGUCGGUGAUCAAGCGGCAGGGCGGCGUGGGCGCGGGCUCCAAGGCGGACAAGCUGGAGAAGCUGAUGAUCCGCAUCGGCGUGUUCAGCGUGCUGUACGCCGUGCCGGCCGGCGUGGUGAUCGCGUGCCUGGCGUACGAGGCGGGCGCGCGCGAGGCGUGGCUGCGGCGCGUGGCGUGCGGCGCGGCGUGCGGCCCGCGCCCGCUGUACUCGGCGCUCAUGCUGAAGUACUUCAUGGCGCUGGCCGUGGGCAUCACGUCGGGCGUGUGGAUCUGGUCGGGCAAGACGCUGGCCUCGUGGCGCCGCGUGUGGCGCGGGCCCCGUGCUCCGCACCCCGCGCGCCGCGCGCUCGUCAAGGGCGCCGUGUGACGCGAGGCCGCGGCGCCGCCCGCCCCGCCGCCGUCACUGCCGCCGCCCUCCCUACCGCCGUCGUCACUGCCGCCGCCGUCUCUGCCGCCGCCCGUCCUGCCGCCGCUCGCCGCGCACCCCUCGGCGCCCUCCGCCCGCUCCGGACAGCCGCUAUCGGACUAUGGACCGGUCUAAUUCUGAUCGUGUUUGACGCUUCUGUUGUUGUUCACGCUGUUGAUUGAACUGGAAUCAUUUUCCUUAAUAUAGUGCGACACGGCCGCCCAAACGAAUGAUACUCGUUAAAACCGUUCAAAUAAUUAUUGUAACAAGUGUUAGGUGUGAUGAAGACUACGGACAUAAGUUGCUAGUCCGAGCGAGUGUCGCGGCGACAGUAAGCAGUGCGCGGUGAAAUUAAAGUGACGAUAGACCUUGUCCCAGAUGGGACGCGGCGGCCCGGACGUCGGGUGUGUGUGUGCCAUUCGACUAGGUGCCAUGUGAUAGUUGACAGUGACAGAUGUCAGUGAUUGACUGAUGCGUCGACCUCUCUAGUCUUAACGUUAUGAUGCACGACGCGUUCGCGAUCAGAUACCCUAGGAUGUCGGUCAUGGACUAGCCUGGUUGUUCACUUGUGGCUCGUUUAAAUGAUACUUUAUACUCAUGAAAAAAAUUCUCUUGUUUGGCCAGUGUUAGCCACUCGAUCUGACAUAGACAUUUAUCUAUAGGUUCUCCAAUAUUUAGGCUGCCAUAUAACAUUUUAAUGUAUGAUUAAAUGCAAAUCAAUGUGAUCUUUGUUCUGAUGUAAAUCAUAAACCAAUUCCAAUUUAAUACAUUAUCUGCUAAUAGAGAAUAUAAACACAUAUAGUGACUUGUUACUUUCCCUCAAAAUCGCGUUUCACAGUCACUAUUUCUACUUCUAUUCUGUAUUCGCGGUUGAUUGUGAAACGUUAAUUGUAAAAAUUUAAUUCAAUAUAAUAUAAUAAUGAUUGUAAAUAAUUCUGUAAAUACUCAACCAGAUUCCAUAUAACAAAUGUUUACCAGGUCAUAAUUUUGAGUUUGUUCUCAUCGGAAACAUUUGCUAAAUGAAAUUUGAAUGAUCGAUACUUACUUUCCCACCAACCUGUGGUUAGCCACGGACUUCUUAAUUGCAAUACGUCGUGUUUUACGUCGCCUUUUAUGUCGUUAAGAAGACGAGCAACAUCUGUAUCCCUUUGAUUAUAUGCAAAUACAUAUUUAUUAAAACCACUUAAUCAUCUUAACAUAUAUAAGAUUGAUUGUAUAAACGUUGGACUUGUCUUCUUUAACACCAUAAUGGUGAACCCCACUGAUUUCCCUAAAUUGCCAUUAUUAGUAGAAUAUAGUUGACAAUAUAGUGAGUCACCACUGCCUUUACUUGCAGAAGACUAGCUUAAUAUCAUUUAAUUUAAUGUAAACAAAGAAUAAGGUUGUAAAAUUGUACGUAAUAUAUAAUAUCUAUGAUUGUGGUAUACGUAAUAACUUUAAAUUAAAAAUUUCUAUUCAUCCUGGAUGUAAUUUAGUAGGUAGCUAUUGAGUACCAAACGUAUAUAUAUAUGUAUGUAUGUAAGGGCGGAUUGUAGCCAACGCCAUCUGUUGUCGAGUAGAAGUUAAUGAACACUGCCAACUAUUGUACAAUAGCAAAGUUUAUUAUGUAACUUUUCUACAGCAUUGAGUAAUGCAAUGUCAAUUUGGAAAUUAAUAAUUUUAGUAACUUUUCAUGUUUGUACAUGCCACAUAAAAAGAGAAUAAGAAUAUGUAAUUUAUUUUAUAUCCUAACUGUAGAUAAAUAAAGCGACUUUAUGUAUUA